CGCUGCACGUGUCGACGUCAACGCAGGUUUAGAUACAAUGGCUACCCAGUCGGUCCAGACUUUCGGCCGCAAGAAGACCGCCGUCGCGGUGGUCCACUGCAAGGCGGGCAAGGGUCUUAUUCGCUUCAACGGCGCCCCCAUUGAGCUCAUCCAGCCCGAGACUCUCAAGUUCAAGGCUAUGGAGCCCAUCAUCCUCCUCGGUCGCCAGCGCUUCGCGAACCUCGACCUUCGCAUCCGCGUGAAGGGUGGCGGUCACGUGUCCCAGAUGUACGCCGUGCGCCAGGCCAUCGCCAAGGCCAUCGUCGCCUACUACCAGAAGUACGUCGACGAGCAGAGCAAGAAGGAGCUCAAGGAUGCGCUCCUCACCUACGACCGCACCCUCCUCGUCGCGGAUCCCCGCCGCAUGGAGCCCAAGAAGUUCGGCGGUCGCGGCGCGCGCGCUCGCUUCCAGAAGUCCUACCGUUAAGCGGCUUCUCGUGGGGUUUUAUGGUUCGCGGCGGGACGCGGGCGCUGAUAGAGCUCCGUAUCUCGUCGCACUGGAGGGUGUAAUACAGGUAUUCCUGCUAAA